AUGAAAGAUUUAUUGAAAUUACUUGAACCGUUUAAAAUUGUUACAGAAGUAUUAGGUGGAGAAAACUACACAACCGCGUCAAUAGCACACCGAUUGAUUAAAAGUCUUUUAAAUACGUUAAAAGUUAGUGAAAUAGACACUAAUUUUUUAACUACGGUAAAAAAACUAAAUUUAGAUGACUUAAAAUAUCGAAGAGAAAUGAUGGGUUUAAUAUUAGCAAAAUCAUCAGCAUUGGACCCUAGAUUUCGAGAGUUAAAAUUUCUAUCUGAAGAAGAAAAAGUAACGGUUUGGAAACAACUUGAAAAUGAGCUGAAAGAAUUAAUUACUGAUCCAGAAAUAGAAAAUGAAGAAGAAUUAAUCUCUGAAUCAAUAUUAGAAAAUGAAGAACAUUUUGAAACACACUCUCCUCCUCGUAAGAAAUUACGAUCAUUAAUGAUAGAUAGCGAUGAUGAUGACGAAGACGAUUAUUCGGUAACUCAAAGUCCUACGAUGAAACAACUUGAAGAGUAUAAAAAUUUGAAAAUCAAAGUUCCCUACGAUCAAGAUCCUUUAAAUUGGUGGAAAGAAAACGAAUCUAAAUACUCAGCUGUAUCAUUACUAGCCAAAAAAUACUUAAGUAUAGUGGCCUCUAGUGUUCCCUGUGAACGGUUAUUUAGCGAAGCUGGAACAAUCAUUUCCAAGAAAAGAAAUAGAUUAUCUCCUGAACGACUCAAUCAACUGUUAUUUUUGAAUUCAUAUUUCAAAUCGAACUCAAGUUCUGAAACAUUGAUGGAAAAACUGCUCGAAGAAGAAAUUUUUUGA